CCAAGGCCCAGGCGCACCUGCUCUCCGCGGUGGCCUGCGAGCGCGCCAUGCGCUGGCCGGAGGUUGCUGAACACUAUACCGUGCUCCUGAGAACUCUGAGCAGAGAGGAACUUCCCAAAGACUUUGAGCCGGGCUUUCGCUAUUUACAACUGCUCUUUGAAACCUAUUAUCAUUUAGCUGUAGCUUUCCAAAAACAGAAUCAGCAUAAGGAAGCUGUGGAAGCAUUUACCAAGGCAAUAGAAAUUGGAUUCAUCCCUAAGGGUGUCUGUCAGGUUGGCUGUACCUCCAAAUCUUUCCUUCAAACGCCAGUGUUUGCUAGAAGAGCGUAUGCACAUGUAAAAUGUGACAAUAUGAAAGAAGCAAUAGUUGAUGCUAACAGAGCUGUUGAGUUGGAUCCUUCCAAUCCUGAUGUGUACUGUGUCAGGGCUCUUGUUUGGAGUGCAGCAAAAGAAACGAAUAGAGCCAUUACUGACUUAAACAGUAGCCUCAAGUUAAAAUCAUCUCAUACUUGUGCUUUGAUUAUCAGGGGAGCCAUUACAAAUUCUCUUAUGGCAAAAAAGUGCAUGAAAUUUAUAGAGAAUAAUAAAGACCACAAAAAGGCUUUGGACCUCUCCAAAGAUAGUCAAUGGUUUUUUGAUGUAGAAGGUUUCCUCAGUCCUAAAAUGGCAGAUUUUUAUGAUAAAUUUCUGUGGUCCCUAACUGUUUCCCAUACAGUGAUGGAAGUCAACUUGUUGCCUGGAAGUUUAACAAGUUCACGGUUAACAUCCUAUUUAUCAAGCAGAGGGAAGGAAAUUGAAUCAUUUCGCCACCGGACACUCAGGUCAUUCAACUGUGGCACUUUGACCACUUAUCCUGACAACACUUCCUUUUUGAGGAGAACAUCUUAUGCAAAGACGCUGAAAGAAAUGGAUAGUAUGGCUGCAAAAUCAGAUGAUAGCAAGAUCUCAGAGAGGAUCCUAAGACUCACAAAGGCAGCUUCAGAAUGGUCAGAAAAUCAGGAAUCCCAUAGCUCUUUGAAAAAAAGACCAAAUAUGGCAGCAGCUGAAGAAGCAGCAACACCAGAAGCAGCAUCAAAAUCCAUUGUCCUUGCAUGCAAGAAGAAUCCAAAGCCAAAUAAAUAUGAAGCCAGAAAGAACAAAGUCAAAAACUCUGAAGGCAAAGAGAAGAGAUGCCGGUGAGUCAGCAUCUUGCCACAUGGCAUUCUCCACUUUGGUGCAACAUGAUUCAGAAGUCAGGAAAGAAGCACUACUUGCAGAUGAAGGUU